AAGUCAGUUCAAUUUGUUUGCUCAGAGACGCAGAUCGUGAGUGGCGGAAAGUAAUUGGCAAAAAUUAACACAAUCGACCGGUUGUCCAGAUUGCCCAGAUAUACUAUUUACAACAGCAAAUAUGCCGCUUAAUAUCAAGAAAGUCCUGGUCUGCGAUGCAGUGGACAAAUCCUGCGUGGAGCUGCUGGAGCAGCACGGGAUUAAUGUUACCUACAAGCUGAAGCUCCCCGUGGAGGAACUGUGUCAGGAAGUUAAGAACUACGACGCUGCCAUCGUUCGCUCGGAUACGAAAAUAACCGCGGAAGUUCUGGCCGCCGGAUCCGGCAGUCUGAAGGUUGUUGGCCGUGCGGGGGCGGGCGUUGAUAACAUCGAUGUUCCUGCAGCCACGGCGCACAAUGUCGUUGUCCUGAACACUCCGGGUGGCAAUUCUAUUUCGGCCUGUGAGCUGACGUGCAUCCUAAUUGGCUCCCUGGCCCGUCCCGUCGUCCCCGCCGGUCAGAGCAUGAAGGAGGGUCGCUGGGACAGGAAGCUCUAUGCCGGCACCGAGCUCUAUGGAAAAACCCUGGCGGUCCUCGGACUGGGACGCAUUGGUCGCGAGGUCGCCAUUCGCAUGAAGACCUGGGGCAUGCGGAUUAUUGGAUACGAUCCCAUCACCACGGAGGCGGAGGCCAAGGCGGCUGGCAUCGAGAAGAUGACGCUGGAAGAGAUUUGGCCUCUGGCGGAUUACAUAACCGUCCACACGCCGCUUAUCCCAGCCACAAGAAAUCUCAUAUCGACGGAGACCCUUGCGAAGUGCAAGCAGGGUGUCAAGGUGGUAAAUGUGGCCCGCGGCGGCAUCGUCGAUGAACAGGCCGUGCUCGAUGGCCUUGAGAGUGGAAAAGUGGCCGGCGCCGCUUUCGACGUUUAUCCCGAGGAGCCGCCAAAGUCUGCGGUGACCAAGGCUCUCAUCGCUCAUCCCAAGGUGGUGGCCACGCCCCAUUUGGGGGCCAGCACCUCGGAGGCGCAGGUUCGCGUUGCGGUGGAAGUUGCUGAGCAGUUCAUCGCCCUCAAUGGAACCUCUCCGAAAUACACCAGUUACGCGGGCGUCAUCAACAAAGAUGCUCUCUCCCAUUACCAGUGAAGUAACUCCUAUAUUGAAACUCGCAGCAAACUCUACAUUUUUCUGUCGGCCGCUAAGAAUAAGUUUACACGAAACAUUGUAAAAAUAAAUAAUAAAAAACAUUAAAAACUGAAA